UCCGCGUGCCCGCCCGCCCGCGGCUGACAUCCCGCGCCGGCCUCGCUCGCAGCCUGGACACCCCCAAUAUGAACAGCGUCGUCUGCGCUGCGAGGCACCAGAUUACGAUGCAUGAUUACCACAGAAGAAAUUCAUGUCUAUAGCUCUUAAGGACUUUCAUUACAUCAUCUUCAAGCCUGAUAGUUUUGGAACCCCAUAUAGCAGCUGCAAAGACACGUCUGCUUGCAUGUCAACAAACAUCUUCCCUAUCAGAAGAUACUGACACUAAAGUGCUCCGUCUAAACAAAGUGAAACCAUUGGAUUAUUUUAAGAUCUCCCAGUUAUAGAUUUACGGUAAUACAAUUAGCAAAAUGAUUCCUAAUGGAUAUUUGAUGUUUGAAGAUGAAAAUUUCAUUGAAUCAUCUGUUGCCAAAUUAAAUGCCUUACGUAAAAGUGGUCAGUUCUGUGAUGUUAGACUCCAGGUGUGUGGACAUGAGAUGCUGGCACACAGAGCUGUGCUAGCUUGCUGUAGUCCCUACCUGUUUGAAAUCUUCAAUAGUGACAGUGAUUCUCAUGGGGUUUCUCAUGUUAAGUUUGAUGAUCUCAAUCCAGAAGCUGUUGAAGUUUUAUUGAAUUAUGCCUAUACUGCUCAGUUGAAAGCUGAUAAAGAAUUAGUGAAAGAUGUAUACUCUGCAGCAAAGAAGUUGAAGAUGGAGAGAGUUAAGCAGGUUUGUGGUGACUACUUGCUCUCCAAGAUGGAUAUUCAGAGCUGCAUCUCUUACCGAAACUUUGCAAGUUCCAUGGGAGACUCACGUUUGUUGGGCAAGAUUGAUGGCUACAUUCAGGAACAUCUCUUACGUAUUUCAGAACAGGAGGAAUUUCUCAAACUUCCGCGGUUAAAGCUUGAAGUAAUGCUUGAAGACAAUGUUGGCCUACCCAGCAACGGCAAAUUAUACACAAAGGUAAUCAACUGGGUACAGCGCAGCAUCUGGGAGAAUGGAGACAGCCUGGAAGAGCUGAUGGAAGAGGUUCAAACGCUGUACUACUCAGCUGAUCACAAGCUGCUUGAUGGAAAUCUGCUAGAUGGACAGGCUGAGGUGUAUGGCAGUGAUGAUGACCACAUUCAGUUUGUGCAGAAAAAGCCACCACGUGAGAAYGAUCACAAGCAGAUAAGUAGCAGCUCCUCUGGAAGUCUUUCUCCAAAUGCUACUGUUCAGAGUCCUAAACAUGAAUGGAAAAUCAUUGCUUCAGAGAAAACAUCAAGUAAUACGUACCUGUGUCUCGCUGUUCUGRACGGUGUGCUGUGCGUGAUAUUCCUGCACGGGCGCAGCAGCCCGCAGAGCUCGCCCACGAGCACCCCGCGCCUGCUCAAGAGCCUCAGCUUCGAGCUGCAGCCCAGCGAUGUCGUAGAGAAGCCCAUGGCUCCUAUGCAGUACGCCCGGUCGGGACUGGGGACAGCUGAGCUUAAUGGCAAGCUCAUAGCUGCAGGCGGGUAUAACCGAGAGGAGUGUUUGCGCACCGUGGAGUGCUAUGAUCCGCAGAAGGACUCUUGGACUUUCAUCGCACCCAUGAGAACACCAAGAGCUCGAUUCCAAAUGGCAGUUCUCAUGGGUCAGCUGUAUGUUGUGGGUGGGUCAAAUGGUCACUCGGAUGACUUGAGCUGUGGAGAAAUGUAUGAGCCAGAAAUAGAUGACUGGACUCCUGUUCCAGAACUGAGGACCAAUCGCUGCAAUGCAGGCGUAUGUGCCCUGAAUGGAAAGCUGUACAUUGUCGGUGGUUCGGAUCCUUAUGGUCAAAAGGGACUUAAGAACUGUGAUGUAUUUGAUCCAGUAACAAAAUCUUGGACAAGCUGUGCCCCCCUUAAUAUCCGGAGACAUCAGUCUGCAGUUUGUGAGCUCGGUGGGUAUUUGUAUAUAAUUGGAGGAGCAGAGUCGUGGAACUGCCUGAGCAGCGUGGAGCGCUACAAUCCAGAGAACAACACGUGGACGCUGCUCGCGCCCAUGAAYGUGGCGCGGCGCGGGGCUGGCGUGGCUGUGCACGAUGGGAAACUCUUCGUUGGUGGAGGCUUUGAUGGCUCUCACGCAGUGAGCUGCGUGGAGAUGUACGACCCCGCUACAAACGAGUGGAGGAUGAUGGCCAGCAUGACAACACCCCGCAGCAACGCCGGCAUCACCACCGUGGCAAACACCAUCUACGCCGUGGGGGGCUUUGACGGCAACGAGUUCCUCAACACCGUGGAAGUCUACAACCUGGAAUCAAACGAAUGGAGCCCCUACACAAAGAAUUUCAAGUUUUAAGUGAUUUACGUUCCCUUUUCAAACUAACAGGCUUAGUGAUGUAAUUGUGUUUUAGUAGAGGUACACUUGUGUAUAGGGUGGGGGUGGGCCUAGAUGUUGCCAACAGCAACACAGAGCUUUUGCAUAUUGCAUAUUAAUGUGCUGUACAUACUUGUUUUGGAAAGAAUACCAAGAUGAAGGGUUUUUGUGCAUCUUAGAAUUUUGUUUUAGAUUUUCCUUUUUUAAAGAUUUUGAAGAUAUUGCAAGAGAAACUAGACUGGGCAUAUCAUUUCAGGAGCUUCCCCCAGUGUUUGUUUUGCCACUUUGCACAAUAAAUGACUUUUUUCUGUAGAAUGUGUCUACGGGGCAGGAAGUGUAAGGGGUUUUUUUGGGGGGUAGUUAGUUGUUUCAUCAAGCCUUGUUUUUCUUCAGUAACUGGAACAAUCUGUAACAAGAAGCCUUAUUUAAAUAGAUAUAAUGGCUAUUUUUUUUAUUAAAAACGCUGACAUGCCUGCCAAUACCUAAUCUUUUACGAUUGCCUUUUUAUAACAGUUUUUAUAUACUCAGCAGAGUAUUCUGUCUGUUGAAAUGAAAAUGGCAGAUAAAGGGUUACUGAAGCAAAGAGACAAUCUUGGAGUUCAUAGAGACAGAGUGGGCCACCUAACUUACCACUGUACGUGAGCUUCUAAGCUUUUGCCUCUGCUACAGUAUUGUAAGUUAAUAUGCAAAAGUUUCAGUAGAUCUGAAUGGAGUUCCUGAACAUAACAUAGCUGUGACUUUUUAGUAUUGAAGAAUUAUUUUGGCUCCAACUCUUUGACAAAUGCAGGGGGUACUUUAUGUACAGCAGUUUUAUUAUGAUGGUUGAGCUAACAUUUGUAAAACAAGAGCUAAAGGGUUGKUUUUUUUCUCAUGUUUUUAAAACUAUUUCCUGUUGCAAAGAAAAGGUAUUCAUCUGACUAGUAACGGUGUUAGGUUUAUUUUUCUAAUAUUACAAGCUGAAACUGUGCUAGAAUACAAAUGAUUUUGUAUGUGCUCAUAGUACUAUGUUGUAGUUCACUUUCUCUAUUCA